AUGACCACAGCUGUAAGACAUGCCUCCACAGCCUUCCCUUGGCUAAGCAGCCCUGUAUAUCUCAGUUGUAACUUUUGGUACCAAUGGUUCCUAUACGCCAACUUUAUCAUGCGAAUAUCCAUGUCAGGCAUCCUGAUAAUGAGACUGUACCUCAUGUAUCGCUGCAACCGCACUCUCUUGAUCACGCUCUGCGCCAUGCUUAUCGUUGAGCUUGCCAUCGAGACCACCCUUAUUGCCGAAGUCAUCUACGGCCUCAAAGGCAGGUUCAACGCAACGGAUAUAAUCCUCCCAGCCGAUAGUUUAAUCUCGACAUGCGUCGCCGACGGGAUCAAGAAGUGGGCGUGGGCGUACUGGGUCCCCGUCAUGGUCUGGGAAUCGCUGUUGCUCGCGCUCUCCCUCUAUCGCAGUGCGCAGCAGGCGCGCGAGGAGGCAGGAACUCCCCGCCUCAUGGUCGUGCUUCUGCGGGACUCGGUCCUGUACUUUGGUGGUGCUCUGGCGUCGAUUCUGGCGAACUUCAUCGUAUGGAAGGCCCAGGUUACGGCUUUGUUCUUUGCACUGAUUCCGUAG